GUUUUUCCAGUGGAUUAAUACCCCAAUAAAGACGUUAGUUGUUUCGGAAAAAAUGUUAAAGUCGCUAGCUCCGAUCGAAGGAAACCAACAGCCGUUGCUGCAGUUGCUCUGGGAGGACAAGGAGGUCAAAUUUGAUGUGCCCCAACUGCAAAAGAAUCUGCGGAGCGGAGAGCGAGUGCUCGACUACAUUUACCACAUCGAAGACAGCAAAGGAAAUCCGGGGGACACGGGUCGCCUGAUGGUAACCAAUUUGCGGAUUAUAUGGCACUCGCUGGUCCACAAGAAGUACAAUCUGUGUAAGUGCUUGCAGUUCUGCUUACCAUCCAAUGAACUAGAAAUUGCAUUUUCCCAAGAAGCCAUUGGCUAUGCUCGGAUUGGCAACACCAACACUCGGGUAGUUCAUAUGCACUCCAAAGCCAGGAUAGCCAGCCAGGCCCUCUACAUCCUGGCGGUAAGCAACGAGACUCGCUUUGAGUUCCUUUUCACCGACGUAUCUGGGGAAACGUCGCGUCGCGAUCAGCCGAUCUUCGCCAGCGUGUUCGACGUAUAUCACCUGUAUCAGCGUACUUAUCUCUACCGCGACCUGAAGCUGCGCGGAGCCAUCGUCCAAGCAGGUCAACUGGUUAUCCUACCAGAUGAGCAAGUCUUCAGCCAUGUGCAGGGCGUGUGGAAUUUGUCCAGCGACCAGGGCAACCUGGGCAGUUUCGUGGUAACCAAUAUUCGCCUGGUGUGGUUUGCAGAUGCCAACGAGACCUUCAACAUCAGUUUGCCAUAUCUACAGAUUGAGAGCCUCCGCGUUCGGGAGUCCAAGUACGGACCCGCUUUGGUAAUCCAAACAGCGGAAACGGGAGCAGGAUAUGUACUCGGAUUCCGCGUCGAUCCCGCCGAGCGGCUAAACGAGUUGUUCAAGGAGCUCAGCUCGCUACGCGCCAUUUAUGGCGAGCAGCCCAACUUUGGCAUCCAAUACAAUGCGAAUGACGCCCGGCGGCGAUUGGAGGCGGCCGCCGAGGAAGCUGCGCAGACCUCCCAGUUCAAGGUGGACAACUUCGAGGAGCUGGACGAGCGGCAGGAGCGGGAGAUCAACACCAAGCUCAACAGCUACCUCGCCGAGGGCUGUUUGGGCAAGGUGCCCAGUCAGGGCGAGAGAGCUCCGGUUUACUGCAAGGAACUGGGCUUUGCCAUGGAGCCCAUUAGGGAUGGCUACAAAUUGCAAGACCUGUGGAACGUUAUGCCCACCAAAAUGGAAACGAUGGAAUGAAUAUGUUAUACCCGAGAAAGUUGAUUCAUAGUCAUUGCAAUAAAAUAUGAAAUUGUGAAUCAAA